AUGAAAAAGCCGCCGGUUCGAUAUUUGUCAAGGCUACGUUAUUGUUUAAGUAAAGUUUUUCAAGAUUUUCAAAACCUUCAGCGUGACCGUCUCUCCCUUUUCCCGCCACGAUCCGCUCCAGUUUGGUCGAAUUCGAUAUUCUUAGAAUGCGAAGAUAUUUUCUUACUUUUACUGAAAGCAAGCUGGUGUCGAACGUGUCAAAGAGAUUUUUGGAAAGAUCAAGCUCUCCAAGAAAUCGAUCGCCAAAUUGCUCCUUUGGUUGAGUGGCGAGACGAUUAUCGGAAAGAGCUCGACUGCACCAGAAAAGAAUUCUAUCUAUCUAUCUAUCUAUCUAUCUAUCUAUCUAUCUAUCUAUCUAUCUAUCUAUCAGAAUGGAUCUAUCUAUCUAUCUAUCUAUCUAUCUAUCUAUCGAUCUAUCUAUCUAUCUAUCUAUCUAUCUAUCUAUCUAUCUAUCUAUCUCAUUCUAUUCGGAUCUAUCUAUCGCAUUCUAUUCUGAUCUAUCUAUCGCAUUCUAUUCUGAUCUAUCUAUCUAUCUAUCUAUCUAUCUAUCUAUCUAUCUAUCUAUCUUUUUGCAUGAUUAUAAGACCUUAA